AAGGACGGGGCAAUGCAUCAGCUGCUCAUCGUCUACCGCCCGUUUGUGAUCGAAAUCUUCCUGGACGACACGAGGAGCCCCAAGAUAAGACACGACCUGGACCUCCGAUCUCACAUCUCCUCCUACGUCUGCAGCGCUGGCCCGAAGCAAGGAGCUGCAUGCAAGUGCGACGGCGGGGCAGUCUGUGGAGGAGCCGUGGACACAGUCACCUGCCUCGCCUACUCGUGCGUCAAGGACGGGAAAGCGUGGAUCGGUUUCACCUCCUCCACGGGAGAUGCAUACAGCGUACACGAGGUGCUGAGUUGGAACUUCCAGAACUUCGGUCAGAGCGGGGGGGUGGACACGUUCGGGUUCAACCUCUACAGCCAGCUGGGACUGGGGGACGCAGUCAACAAGGAUCUUCCUAACCUUAUCACGUCCCUCGACGGAGUUGUCAUCCUCGACUUUGACGCGGGGGCCUACCACAGCAUCGCCGUCACCACGUCAGGGGACGUGUACACGUGGGGGGCGAACAACCUGGGACAGCUCGGGCAGGGCGAUCUCUCGAUUAGGACGACCCCCACCAGGCCCACCCAGGUAACGGCGAGGGAGGAUCAUAACCUGCUGAUCAUGAGCGACGGCACGCUGCUGGUGUGGGGUUCCAACUACUACGGCGAGCUGGGAAAGGGCGAUCAUAUCUUCAGCGACGCUCCCACCAAGGUC